AUGGUCAAUCUGGCAAUUCCGGAAAUCCGGGUGCUGACGCGGCUAGUGAGUAUCCACAAGCUGGUGACCCAGGUCCAAUUGGCCCUCCCGGUCCACCUGGGCUACCUGGUCUUGAUGGACCACCGGGAGAAGAUCUUGGACAUGGACCUCAUGGGGCUUCCGGUCUCCCCGGUCGCCCUGGACUUCCUGGCCACCGAGGACAACCCGGUAUCCCCGGCGAGCCCGGUCAGCCUGGCGAACGUGGAAUUUGCCCCAAGUACUGUGCAAUUGACGGCGGUAUUUUCUUUGAAGAUGGCACCAGACGUCGCUAACAAGCUUUAUACGCACUACACAUAUGAGGGAUACCGUAAUUCAAUGAAUAAAUUG